UUCAGAGCCUGUCUAAAUCACCUCAUACAGUUUUUUUUUUUUUUUUACAACUUUCUUGUUGUUUUAAAACAAACUUACUUCCCAUUUCUAAUAGUACAGUGACUACAUUUUGUAACUCGUGGCGCUGCAAAACAUACAGUAGGUUACUGAUAUCAGCAGUUUCCCCAGCUGUCAUCAUUAUAAUAAUACCUGUGAGACAGACAAUGUCUGACUACAGGUCAUUUUCUCAAUAACCAUCUUUCUCCAUCUGUGAGGUCAUAAUAAAAUCUAGCCUUAGAGGGAUUGGCUAACUGCUAAUCCUGGGACCAAAUAAAAGCAUGAACUUGCUCUUAUACCAAUCCAAUUCAUAACCCAGAGCUACCGACUCUACCCGAAGUCAAGCUCACAUCGCUGAUUCCAUAAUCAUGUGGACGUCGAUUCUUUGCCUUCUUCUGGCUGGUGCAGUGUCUGCAGCACCACUUUCACCAUUUCUCAAUUAUCUCCCUCAUUAUGGCGGCCCAGGGCAGGGGACUAAUGGUGUCUUCCCUGGCAUGCCAGCUCAGCCACAUCCUGGUCUGAAUGCUCCAGUCAGCAUGGAAAUUAUUUUCCCUCAGAGAUUCCCAAAUAAACCAGCAGGGGGACCAGCUGGCACACCGACAUUCCCUACACAAGCUUUCAUUAAGUACUCUCUCCCGAAAGCCCCGGGCCGAAAAAGUGUGGAAAUUUUUUACCCCUAUGACUUCUCUCAGCACCAGAUCUUCCCCUUUGAGUAUAUACCACAGACAGCACCUCAACAGCCACCCAUGAUGCCCCCGUUUCAGGAUGCUCCUCCUCAACCCCAAGAUCCACAGCAGCAAACCCAACAGGAGCAACAGGCUCAGACAGGACAGGUGUCUCAGGCUCAGCAGCCAUGAAGACUGGGACACCUUGAAAAAGGGAAAGAAACAUCAAACCACAAGAGAGUGACUGAUACUAAUUAGAAUUAGUACAUACUUUUGCUGGAGAAAUAAUACAAAUAAGCAGAUUUUUUCUUUAACAUAAAAUAUUUAAAAAGAUUAACUACCUUAUAAAGAACCUUUUUAAACUUAUAUUGUUGCAAAGUACAGAUAACAACAUGCUGUUUUGGUCUUAUCCUGAUGUGAAAAAGACAUUAUUCAAUAUCAAAGCAAAAUUUCUCAUAUAGGUCUAGUGUAAGUUGUGUUUCAGUUAUGAAGUUGAUUAAAAAACAAAUAAAUAAAUAAUAUUAAAAUAAUAAUAAUAAUAUAUUUUCUUAUCUAUUUCUUUUAUCUAUCCUCAUGGGAGUUGUUAUGACAUAACAGAUGACAAAAACUGUUAUUUAUAUAUCUAUAUACACUCACUUCGCACUUUAUAUGGAACA